AUGAAUUUCUUAUCAAUAGGAACUGUAUUUGCUUAUGGUCAAACGUCUUCGGGUAAAACUUUUGUAAUAACUUCAUUUUAUUAUAUAGGUACUAAUUCACAGCCAGGCGUUAUUCCACAAGCAGUUGAUUGUGUGUUUGAUUAUAUUAAAGAAUGUCAAGAAAAGGAAUUUCUUCUCCGUGUUUCAUAUAUGGAAAUUUAUAAUGAAACUGUGCGCGAUCUUUUAUCACCAGAGACUGAAGAUUUAAGAAUUCACGAAGAUAAAAGACGAGGCGUAUACGUUAGUCCUCUUAAAGAAGUAGUUGUUUCUACACCUAGACAAGUGUUAAAAGAGAUCAUGAAAGGAGAAGCUAAUCGGCAUAUGAGUGCGACUGAUUGGAACGAGCGAAGCAGUCGUUCACAUACAAUAUUUCAAAUGGUUAUUGAGAGCACUGCCAAAAACUCGUCGCCAUCUACUUCUCAUCGUUACCAUCCAGCUGGUCCGAAAAUGUCUGGCGCUUCAGUGUCACUUUCCGUGUUGAAUUUAAUAGAUUUGGCUGGUUCUGAAAAAGCCACAACAUCGAUAGAUCGCCGAAAAGAGGGGGCUUACAUUAACAAAAGUUUGCUUACAUUAGGCACAGUUAUUUCUAAACUUACAGAGAAUAACUUUUUUUUAUGUAAUAGUGGACACAUACCAUUUCGUGACUCCAAAUUAACGCGUAUUUUACAGAAUUCGCUCAGUGGAAAUGCUCGAGUUUCUGUAAUAUGUACUAUAUCACCAUCAGUUAUAAAUAUCGAAGAGUCACAGAACACUCUUAAAUUUGCAGCCCGAGUGAAGAAAGUUGUUACAAAAGCACAUACAAAUGCGGUAAUGGAUGAUAAGGCUUUAUUACAAAAAUAUCGGUUGGAAAUUGAAGAACUUAAGACCAAACUUGAAAGUACUAAUAUAUCUAACGACAAAGAGAAGGAGGCUGAGUUAUCGCAAAUGUUGGCACAAGAAAAAGCCAAGGUAAACUAUCGGAAUAUAAAAAAUUAA